UUAAGUCCGCAAAAAAGUAAACGACACUGGACAAAAGCAAAUAAUUAAGUAAAAAUUCUGUUCAUUUUUUCCACUUUAUGUGACCCUCGGAUCCGUUGUCUUCCAAAUCAGAUUUAAUCACCAUUCUCAACCCGAACUCUCAUCUGCUGAUCUGUUUCGCGUGAGUUGUUUAACCGAUUUUCCAGCAGACACGCGAAUGCACCACAGAUUCAACAAACAUGGCGCCUUCCAAAAAGCGCAACGUGAGUUCUAAACCUCGUGCUAAAGAGGACAAAACAGAUUUGUUAGGUAUGGUUGAUCGUUUACUCGAAAGCAGAAAACAUGCCAACGACGUUUUUGAUAUUAUUGAGUCCCUUCAGUCAGAUAAAGAUAAGGAUGUUAUCUGCGCUAUUAACGCCUGCUGCAAGCUGUUCUGCACAUUCUUGGAGAGAAAGGAUCUAUUUAUUGGGAAACUCCCUGGAGAAGAUGAGGCUUUGAACGGUGAGCACAGCGCUGAGGAAAAGUACAAGAUUUUUAUGCGCCACCGUUACAACAACUGUGUAGAGAUGAUGCUUGAGCAUCUUAACCAUGAAACGCAUGAAGUUAAGGAAAGUGCCCUCUGCUGCCUGAUGAAAUUUGCUGCAGGCCAAGGAAAGCAUCCUCUGGAAGAUCUGGACUGGAGUGAACAUUUCAGCUUCCCAAGAGAGCUGAUUCAAACAGUAGUGCAAAGCCUCCUGUCUCAGACCUCGGACAGCUCCCUGCUGAUCUCCAGGUUCCAGGAGUUCCUUGAUAUGGAAGACGUACGCUACUAUGUAAUGAGCUCCAUCCGUGCAAAUGUCGCCACAGUCAUGGAAAAAAACAAAGGGGCUGUUUUGCCAGUAUAUCAGGGCAAUGUGUUCACUCUCAUGUCCAACCUUAAUAUGCCGAGCCAGGACUCAGAGCUUACCAACUUCAUGGUCAAACAGGAAGCUAAACACGAGGAUUGGAAGGCAGCAAAACUGCACGAGCACAAACGUGCCUUUGAGAGGAUGUGGCUGGGAUUUCUCAAGUAUAAGUUGCCUAACAGCAUGUAUAAAAAGGUGUUGGUUAUACUUCAUGACUCCAUCUUGCCACACAUGAGCAAACCCACUCUUAUGAUUGACUUCUUGACAGCUGCUUACGAUGUUGGUGGAGCAAUAAGUCUGCUGGCCCUGAACGGCCUGUUUGUGCUCAUUCAUCAACACAACUUAGAUUACCCUGAUUUCUAUAAAAAGUUGUAUAAUCUUCUGGAGCCCUCUGUUUUCCAUGUGAAGUACACGGCACGAUUCUUUCAUUUGGCCAAUCUCUUCCUGAGUUCCAGCCACCUUCCAGUCUACUUGGUGGCUGCAUUCGCCAAACGCCUGGCCCGUCUGGCUCUUACAGCUCCGCCCACAGCUCUUCUCAUAGUGCUGCCCUUCAUCUAUAACCUGAUCCGACGCCAUCCAUCCGCCAGGGUUCUGAUUCACAAGCCCAGCUCAGGAAAUGAGCUUCUUGAGGAUCCAUACGUGAUGGAAGAAGAGGAUCCAGCUCUUUGUCAUGCUUUAGAGAGCAGCUUGUGGGAAAUUAAGACACUGCAGAAGCAUUAUCACCCAGAUGUGGCCAAAGCUGCAAUGCUGAUAAACACACCUCUAUCAGAGCAAGAAGAUGAUAUCGAUGAGUUGCUGGAGAUGACUGCUUUUGAGCUAAUGGAGCGAGACCUGAAGCCGUCCUCAAACCAGAGUGUCCCAAUGGAGUUUGAGAUAGCUACAUAUUUACUGAAAGGAGGAGGAGAAGUGUUAGGACAACAUUUCUGUCUAGUUUAAAAGAAGUUUUCAAUAAAUCUGAUGAAUGCUUGAAAUGGUUUGGAGCCACAGAGACGAUGGACAGACUUAACCUGGAAAACUGCCUCCUAACUUUUUUUUAGGUCUUGAGGAAAAUGAUUGUUUUGUUUUUAACCUUGACUUGUAAUGAUAAUUUUCUACCCAUAUAUCAAAAGUUUAAGUGGUAUAUAAAUAUGAAACAUUUACAUCUACA